GCCCAAUUUUCUUACUCUCUAAAGAUAGCAGCUAACUUUGAGGUCAAGAGAGAGAGAGAGAGAAAAGACUCAAGAGAGAAUGAUUAGAGCUGAUAAACAUGUGAUGAGUCUUUCAGCUUUACAACACACUUCCAUCUUCUAAACUAAAGCUUAGAUAUGAAGAUGGAGAGGAGUCAUGAAACGAUGAUGACCAGAAUCCCCACUUCAGAUCCUCACAAUACCACUUCAGAUAUAAUGGACUCAGUCUGGAAACUUUAUGACAACCCUUACUACUGUUGUUCACAGUCUCAAGAGCAUCAACACCAACGCAAGUCUUUUAUUUGGGAUCUAAAUUUCAUAAGAGUCUUCAUGGAAUCUGAACUAGAGAAAGCUAGAGCCGAGAUCAAGGGGUUGAAGGCAGAGCUGAACUACGAGAGAAAAGCUCGAAGACGGGCAGAGCUGAUGAACAUGAGGCUGGCCAAAGAUGUGGAGGAUGAGAGAAAGGGUAGAGAAGCUGAGGAGAUGCAAUACAAGCGGCUCUUAAAGGAGAGAUCAUCUGAGAAAGCAGAGAUGGUUAGGAUGAGACAAGAAGUUGAGGAAGAGAGACAGAUGCAUAGGUUGGCAGAUGUUCUGAGGGAAGAGAGAGUUCAGAUGAAACUGUCGGAUGCAAGGCUUUUCUUGGAGGAGAAGCUAUCUGAGUUAGAGGAGUCUAAUAAAGAAAGAGACAAGGAGAGGAACAUGAUCAUGAAAACAAAGAUACUGGAUAGAGCGAGUAGUACACCUGCGAGUGGGAGGUGUGAGAAUCCGCACAUAAAGAGAGGGAUCAAAGGGUUUGUGGAGUUCCCUAGAGUUAUGAGAGCAAUAAGAUCAAAAAGUGAGAAAUGGGGUUCGAAGAUCGAGUGCCAGAAGGUUCAGCUCAAGACUCUUCUCAGACAAAAGACCACUCCAAGAUGUGCUUCUAUUCACUCAUCUGCUUGAUACUGUAAAAGCUUAUAUUCCCUCUCAUUUGUAUCUGAAUAAUCAACAUCUAAGCUGGAAGCUGUACUGUUAAGGACACUCUUUGUUUGUACUAAUAUUCAGUGGAUUUUGCAACAUGAAGCUAA